GGGCGCGCCUUCCGCCUGGGCUUCGCGCCGGAGCCGAGGCCGCCAUGGUGCAGGUGAUCGUCUCCCGGACGGGGCCCGGCGGCCUGGCGGAGUGGCUGCUGCUGGAGCUGCAGGGCGAGCUGGAGGCGCGGCGCGGGGCCGGCCUGGCCGGGCGGCUGCUGGGGGACCUGCACUACACGCGGGAGGGGGUCCCGGUGCUCAUCGUCGGGCACCACAUCCUGUACGGGAAGGCGGUGCAGCUGGAGAAGCCCCUCGCCGUGCUGGCCAAGCGGGCGGGCGGCGGCGGCCCCCGGUACUGCGUGACGGCGCUCGUCAAGCGGAAGCUGCUCUUCAAGGCGCGCCCCAAGCCCAUCGUCACCUGCGUGGCCAAGCGGGUGUGAGAGCCGCCGGCCGCCUCCGGGACGCCUCGCCCGCGGGCGCACGGCCCCCGGCAGGGCUGCCAGCUCCGGCACGGGCCGCCGCCCGGCGCCUUCCUUGCGCGCCCGGUCCCGACACACGAGCAUCUUCCCUGCAAUUCCUCCUCGCUCUGCGGGCGGCCCAAAAGGGCAAGCGAGGGUCGCGGCCGGCCUGCCGUCCCCGGGGCGGGAGGUGUCAGUCGAGCUGCGACCCCGAGAGUCCUGCGCCGCCCUGUAUCCUGCCAGCCAGAAAGCCCGGUCCCGCUGCGGGCCUUUCUGGGCCCAGGCUGGCUUCAUCUGCUCCCCUCUGGCUCCCUAAUCCAUCCUUCAGGGAGCUCAGCCCUCUGGGGUCCCAGUCGUUGCCUUCUGGCUCCUGAGCAGGGACUUGGCUUCUGCAAACGCACCAGCAUUUUCUCUGGAAAAGCCUUGGGUUAGUGGGCUCCCUGGUAAACAUGCAGGGAACUGAAGCAUGGAGAUGAGAUACGGGGGGCAUCGGACAUCUUCUUCCUCUCUUUCUGGAGGGACCCGCCAGUGUUUAGGAGGGAAAUGGGGGAGAAACAAGCCUCUGUUCCCUGCAGACCCAUCACGCCCUCCUUUUCCCAGCCACAAUGAAAUUGCAACCAGAACCAUGGUUGUUUUCAAGGUCCUUCUUUAAUUGCAACAAAUGUGUUAUCCUUUAAAAAAAACCAAACCUUGGCAUUUUUUAAAAAUAUGAAAAUGUAGAUAAAAAAUAAAUAAGUUUACAAAUA